UUUGAACUGAACUAACUUUACAGGAUGACAGAGUACCAUUAUCCAACUUUUGAGCAUUUAUAUCCUAGCGGGGUACAACGAUAUGAUGUACGAGCCCGACUGAUUCGCAAUUAUGAUAUUUUCAACUACAACCAUAAAGGAAAAACCAAGCAAACAUGGAAAAUGCUUUUUGUCGAUGUUGAGGGUGAGGGCAUACAGUGCAAUAUUUUCGGCCCCGCGAUUGAAAAGUUUGUAGGACGGUUUCAAGAGGGAUUCAUUUAUAUACUCCUUGCUGUACAAGUGAUAUUUGCUGAAGGGAAAAACAAAAUUGUCCCCAAUUGGAAACAGAUGAUCAUUAAAGAAGAAACAAAUGUGAUACGUGAAGAGGAGGAUGACAUUUCCAUACCUUCAUUCCACUAUAAUUUGGUUCAGUUGAACCGAUUAAGUUGUCACAUCGACUGUACCAAUAGAGUUUAUGAUGCAAUGGGAUUGGUCCUAUACGUUUCACCAGUUGAGAAUAUUGGUGUGGAUUCAGUCAAGCGAGACGUAGCAAUAAUGGAUACAACCUGGACUGUUAUUAAAUUAACACUUUGGAAUGAUUUUGUGCACGUUCUUGAUGAAAAUCUUAAUCAUGUUGACAUUUGUCCAAUCAUUGUAGCAUGUGGUCUGCAUGUCAAGAGCUUCUAUGGUACAUAUCUUUCCACGGGAUACCACACUAGGGUUUAUGUUAACCCGGUUAAUGAAAAAACAACAUCCUUAUCUACAUGGUAUAAAUCGGAAAAACUGGCAAAUAUAAGGAGAGAUUGGUUUCGUUCGUCGACUUUUUCGUUAAAGUCUUCGAUUGACAUUUCUAACACUCCCCGUAUCCGAUUAUCUCAAUUCUCUAGCGUGAGAAAGGUUCAAUACUGUCGAGUUGCUGCAUAUGCAUGUCGCGUUGAUAGUGUUGAUAACAUCAUAUAUGAGGCAUGCAAUCGUUGUCUUAAAAAGGUUGUCAUUUUUCAAGGACUACAAAAAUGUCAAUCCUGCAAUCUCACCAACACUGUAACUAUCCCAAGGUUGCUUCUUCGACUUACCAUAUUUGAUAAAAGUGGUAAUUUGAAAGUCACAAUAUUACACGAUCUUGCACAACACCUCUUAGGUUGUUUAGCUACUGAAAUAAAAUCAGUACUUCAACAGCCUAAUGGACGUAAUCGAGUGAUGGAAAAAGUAUUUGCAUGCUUCGGAAACAAAGCUUUUUCAUGGGUGCUACAUCCACCAAUUGAAGCUUUUAAUCCUGAACAUUCGUAUACGGUUGGAUAUGUGUUGCAUAUCGAUUGGGCGGAGGAGUGCAUGUGGUUAAACAAAUAUAUUGCGAGCAAAAAAAGAAAGUGAUAAUUACUAUUUUGUAUGUACUUCAAUUUUGGUUUUCCAAUGGGAUAUGUUAGUUGUAUCAAAAUAAUGUUACAUUUUUUUAAUAGCUUUAAAUUCGUCAUGUAAGGCUACGAGUAUUGUAUGACCUCAAUGUCGCAAAAUAUGGACUUUGCGAAUGAUGUGCAUGAAAUAAUAGGCACAAUAAAGUUUCUAAAAUGCACGCACGCAUCGCGUGCAUAAAAUACUAGUUAUUUAUAAACCGUCUAGCCUGCACAAUAAUAUUGUUGUAAAUAGGCCGGAAGAUGAAGUGUUCUACCACUUUUCAGGCCAGGUCAAAUCGCUCGGGUUAACGGUCUCCCUCAAAGUGCCCCUAGUGGGGAAUUGGACUCCCAACCUUUUGGUUGGAAGGUAUAAUAAUUUCCUUUAUGUUAAGACAUAGCUUGGUAUUUUGUAGUUUUAUGAGUGACCACGUUAAAGUCAAUUCUUUGGUCAUGUAUUUUUACCUUAUGAGCAAGUGGUCGGGAAAAAAAAAAGUUAGGUUAUAUGAAUUGAAGAUCGUCAAUAUAUUAUCUGAAUCGAUAAAUAUAGCUAAACCAAUCUAAUCA